UAGUGUCAUUUUUAGGCAAUGCAUUCGCCUGAGAAGGCCAGAUUAUUCCGUGUUGUAGGCCAGUGUGAAUCUGAUACCUGCCGGAAAAGAGCUGACUUCGAGUUGGAGUACAAAUUGGUUGCACGUAAUAGUUCUCCAAGCGCACUCCAUUGGCUGCCAAACUGUCGAGAAAGGGAGUUUUUAUGCGUGGAUUGUGGUAACCGAUAUCAUUAAAGCCAUAAUCAUCGGCCAGAAUGAACACUAUGUGCGGUGGUUUUCCAGAAGCAAUUUGCAAGCCAAACAGGAAAACUAAUAUCACGAGACCCUCCUCCAUUUUGGAUGGUUAUAUGAAGUAUGUUGUGUAACAAUCUUCAAUUAUCUUUUUCCUGGUGCAUGUCGGUAGACACUAUAAACAUGGCGACCGCGGAAGGAUUCAGGACACAUCGUACAACUCGAAGCGAUUCUCAAAAGAAUGGGCAAAGCACGCUUUCCAGAGGAUGGGGUAAGCAAGCAGCUCAGAGACUCGACACGAAGGACCAGUUCAAGAACGACCCCCUUCUUAAAACUUUGGAAGGAAAAAUUGCCGUCAAUUUUGGUGAUUAUAAACCAUGGCAACGCACUACUCAGUCAAGAUUUCAGAACGAAGGACAGACCAGGAGAAAAAGUGCCAGUCGUCCUUUGUCAGGGCAGACUGUGGUAUCUCUUGGAAGUGCUCCUGGAUUUUCUCGAGAAAAAACAAUAAAAAUAGGACCACGGCCAUUUAGUGCAGCUACGAGUACGGCUUGUUCCACGGUUUGCAAUCACCCAUGGACGAAAAAACCCCCAGUUGUUGACGAUGCUGAGGAGAAGAAGAAGGAAAAUGUGUUGUCUAUAUUAAAGAUUCAAAUUAAAACAAGACAGAAAUCAAUAGCUGAGUAUGAAAACAGAAAGAAAGACCUACUUAUUGAAAACAUGAAGAUCACUGAUGAGAUUGAAUCAUCAGAGAACAGGAUUCAUGGAGAUGUGAAGUCUUUACUUAGGAAAUAUGAAAGAUUCAGGGGUGCCAUGUCAACAUUAAAUAAGAAAUUUGAUAAAAACCUUGUUAUAACAAAGAAGAAACUGGAAGAAACAAAAGAAUUAGUCGACAAAGAAGUAGCAGAGUUAGAGCACCAACUGAAUGUAAUGGACAAAAAGUUGCUAAAAAAGAGGGAAGAAAUGAACAUACUGUUAAACUAUAAGGAUAAAGAGUAUCCUGCAAAGGCACUCCAAAUAGCCAAACUGAAAAGACAAAGGGAAAUUUUAGAGUCAACAUUUAAGGAGGAACUAGAAGAAUUACAAGUUGUGGUUGAUGCAGAGAGAGAUAAAUUCAGUCAACAAAGAAUAACUGUCCAACAAGAAAUAACGACACAAGUAACAGAGGAUACAAUAAAUGCUAUGGGAGAUGAGAUUAAAGAAAUGGCUUUACAAAAUAUGAUCAUGAAAAAGGAAGUUGAAAUGCAUAAAGAUGAGCUAAAAUCCCUGGAAAUGAACAAUGCAAAGUUGGAAGCUGAAAUUAGGAAACUCUUAGAUAGUGAAGCCUUAGACACACAAGCUGAGAUAUUCCCAGAAGUGUUUGGAAAACGGGAGAAGUGCACACCAGAUAUGGAGCUUCAUCUUGAUAUACCAACCCAUGACUGGCUUCCAAUAUGACAUCUCUUAGAGAUUACUUUCUCCACAGAUGAAUCAGAAUCUGAUUUUAAUGUUUGUGUCUUCAGUAUGACAAAUGUGUAAAGAAAGUUUAAACAUUCAGUACAAAGUAACUUUUACUUUUUCGUUGUAAACAUGUUCACAACUUGACCCCUCCACUUUUGUUGCUGCAAAACCCUUUGCUAUUCAUCAAACUUUCAGUGCAAUGCUUUACAUCAGAUUUCUUUUAGUUUUCCUCUGGUAUUUUGGUAUGUUUCUUCUCACCAUUUUACUGAAUUACUCUCAAGAAUAGAGAUGUGUUAUGUAUUUAAAAGGAAACUUCAAGCAAAGCUGAUGUUAAGAUUUUGUGCUAAUGAAAACUGUUAAAUUAUCUGCAAAAAAUAGAAGUGAUCAUUUUCUAAAUUAACUGAACAAGAGGUGUCCAUUGUGAUACAUUAAUGUAUUUUCCCUUCAUAUUUUAAGUUUUUUAUGACUGCGUGUAAGAAAUUUACUAAGUGUAUCUAAACUGAUAUGAGAGUCUUGAUUGUCAAAUUUUGAUUUUGGAAACUCAAAAUUUUAUUUUAAUGUGGAAUAUAGGUAAUGGAAAAAA